AUGAUCGCGGCAUGGCCAACAGAGCUUGGUUUCGCAGAAUACGCACGCCGGACAAUUGCUGCCAUUCCACCUCAGUACUUCAAGCAGCAUCUUCCCAUUUACGAUGGCGACCGUCUUGAGCUUCAGAACAAUCGGCUUAUUGUUGUUCAUGGAAAGGGUUCUGGUGGCAAUGUUAUUGGAUAUCGAAAGCCCCUUGGUGGGGAUUCACCUGUGGAAGUGGGCAAUGAGAUUGCAGUUGGUCGGCCCCCGCCUCAGCAGCGAGCCCUGAAUGGUUUUAUGUCAUUCCGAGCCUAUGUUGCUCCACUAUUUGCGGGUAUCACUCAAGCCACCAAGUCUCGCGCCACCGCUUUAUUGUGGGAAAACGAACCUCUGAAGCCACAGUGGGAACUUAUGGCUCUUGCUUACAGCAUCAUUCGAGACAAUUUCGAGGUCACUGCCAAGUCUCUUCAGCUCUACAUGACCCUUGUCACCGAUAUUUUUCUCUUACCUUCAGAUGCAGAAACAUACCUUGCACGACGUGGCUGGGAACUCAGAGUCGAAGACAACUCUAUUUUUUUCAGCAAAGUCUCGCAGUGCACAGUUCACCUAUGCCCGGUCUCAAAUGUGUCUAUUGACGACAUCAUCGUCGAUUGCAUCCAAAACGGCUGGAUUGUUCGGAAAAUUCCUGGGUCCCUCUGGCCAGCACAAAAUACGUGGACUGACUCGGCCCUUGCAGUUCGUCGAUGUCGUCCUGUGCUGAAGGUUGCUGAUCCUUUCGAAUGGCUUUUCGACGAUGAUGACAAGUUCAACAAAGCCCGAUUCGAGUAUUCAUUGGAUGAGGUCUACUCGGAACCCGAUUCUGAUAUGGAUCCGUUAGACGACCUUGUCUAUGACCCUGACCAAGCUUAUGCGAAUAUUUCGAAUAUUGCGCCUCAAAUCAUUUCAACUCCGAGUGUCCAGGAUGAUGAGAUUUUUACACUGACUCCUUUCAGGAAAUUUCCUCGGCAGUCGGACGACGAUCUUACGGAAUGCAACUCCUUAUGA